GGUGGUUCGCUAUUGAAAUUUAGAUCUGAGCCGUUGCCGCAACUCGCUGUCGCUAUGGCGCGGCUGCUGUCUUUUGCCGUGGCCUUGGGUGUCGCGGCGCAAAAGGUGUCAGAGCACGGACUACUGGAGUACGAGGUGGACCUCUCCGCCGCCCCAGAGCAACGCUACACGCAGGUGCUGGAGCAUUUCCUGGAAAAGAGGGGCGACAAGGCCUUCCGUUCGACCUACGAUGCCUGGGAAAAGGGCCUCUCGCUGCUCUUGCCGGACGUCUGGGGCGCAGAGGUCGUGGCCCAGAGCCAGCGGCGGUGGUGGGAGGCUUUGUCUGCAUCGCACCCGGCCGCCGCCGCAGAGAUCCGCGCGCUGGGCGUAAAACUGAAGCUGGGCCACGUGAAGCUGGCAGCUUUGGUGUCCAUCUACCCGCUGUUGAACAUUGCUCCAAAGAGCCCCUCGGACGCGCCGUCCGAGUUCAGCUCCGCUUGCACCAGCUCACUGCUGGCCCUGCCCGGCGGCGUGUUGCACGGCCGGUCCUUGGACUACGAGCCGCGGGGUCCCAUGGCCGACACCGCCGUCGUGGUGCACCACAAGCGGAGCACGAAGGUGCAGUACAGCUGCCUGCAGCCCUUGGUCUACCCCACGGCGUUGCAGUGGUUCACCUGCGUCAGGCCCAAGGCCUUCUCCCUCUCCGUGAACGCCAGAUCCAGGGGCAUCUUCAUGGAGAGCAAUACCACCUUUGAUGAGCUCUUGCGGCGGGUGUCCUCCAGCUACCUGCUGGGCGAGAUCGCCGAGAAGGCAAUGGGCGCGAGCAGCUACGAGGAGGCCCUGCAGAUCUUGGUGUCUUUGCCGGCGCUGUCGUCGAACUACUUCAUCCUAGCCGGAGCCGCGGGCCAGGGUGCCAUUGUGACGCGCUUUGGCAACUCCUCCUCCGCGGAUGUGUGGAGUCUGAACUCCUCCAAAGACUUGUCGGACGGGCAGCCGAGCUGGCUGCGGGUGCAGACAAACAUCGACCACUGGGUGGGCUUUGGGAAGAGCUACUCCACCCACCGGCGCCAGCACAUGCUGGACCUGAUGAGGACCGCCAGCCGGGCUCAGUUUGAGGCGGCCUACUUCACCUCGCAGGCCUUGCCGGGAUCGGAGACCCGGACCUCGCCGGAGGACACGGGGGCCAUUCUGCGGCCCUCCACCAUCGCCACCGUCUUCAUGGAUCCCAACGCGGAAGACGUGGAUUUGGCCCAGUGGCACGUGUGGAAUGCCACCCCAAGGAUUCUGCCGCCCAAGGAGUUCCUGGCCUUUGCGUGAGAGGCCGAGGAUGUGAGGAUCUUAUUCCAUAUUCCCAUCCAGGAUGGCGGAGGAUUUGUCGAUGGCCAGCUGCCAAGCAUGUUGGACUGGUAGGCUCCCAUGGCUUCAUACUCCUGCGAUUCUG